CCAUCGCGCCUCUUCGAGCCCUUGCGCUGAGGCGGCCCCUCUCCCGCAGGCUGCAGGCAGGCCGGGACGCGCAGCAUGAGCCAGGAGGACUGGGACGCGGAGAUCGGCGGCAGCGCCGCGCCCCCCGUGCCGCCKUUCGAGGAGCUGGAAAUUGGUUUCUCUGGAAGACCAGGUGGCCUCUUGUCUGACUGCAAUCARAAUAUAAGCUCCCUAGGUAUUGGUGCUGGUGAAGGGCACAAAAAUCAGCAAAGGCAGGAUGAUUUUGGAGUUGGAUGUUUUAGAAGUAAAGAUACUAACGAAUCUCUGAACAGAGAGGAUCAGCCAGUAAGAUUUGGAAGUGGAAGGAGUUUUGGAAACAGAGGCUUUCCAGAAAGGAACAGCAUAGAUGGUCCCACUACACAAAAAGGUGGUUUUAGAGGAGCUUCUGGAGGCUUUGGACAAAAUCAGAAUACUAGAAAUGAACAGAGAGGCCGAGCUCAAUCUGGUGGUUUUCUUGCCUCUAGGGAGAGAAGAGUGCUUGGAGGACUUGCAGGUGAUCCUGAAAGCUUCAGAAGCAGAAUGUCUGAAUGCCAAGCAGGAGGUUACAAAGGACAGGAUGAAGAAAUAGAUUCUGGAAGAAGUUCCUGGAAGUCUGGUGGUGAAGCAGGUGGCGAUGGAGGUCCGAAGGUGACUUACGUGCCCCCUCCUCCGCCUGAUGAUGAGGAAUCCAUCUUUGCACAUUAUCAGACAGGAAUUAAUUUUGACAAAUAUGACCAAAAUGUUGUUGAAGUAUCAGGGCUUGACCCUCCACCAGCAAUACUGACUUUUGAAGAAGCUAACCUCAGUCAGACUUUAAACAGGAACAUUGCUAAAGCUGGAUACUCUAAACUUACUCCGGUGCAGAAGUACAGUAUUCCUAUAAUACUUGCAGGACGGGAUUUAAUGGCAUGUGCCCAGACAGGAUCAGGAAAAACUGCAGCUUUUCUGCUACCAAUUGUGGCCCAUAUGAUGAGAGACGGCAUAACUGCUAGUUCCUUUAAAGAACUGCAAGAACCAGAAUGUAUAAUUGUAGCCCCAACUAGAGAAUUGAUAAACCAGAUCUUCCUAGAAGCAAGGAAAUUUGUGUAUGGGACUUGCAUAAGGCCUGUUGUGAUCUAUGGAGGAACACAAACAGGUCAUUCAAUUCGUCAGGUGAUGCAAGGCUGUAACAUACUAUGUGCAACGCCAGGAAGGCUUAUGGACAUCAUUGGAAAAGAGAAGAUUGGUUUGAAUAAAGUGAAAUACUUGGUGCUAGAUGAAGCAGACCGUAUGCUUGAUAUGGGCUUUGGUGUCGAGAUGAAGAAGCUAAUUUCUUUUCCAAGCAUGCCACCGAAGGACAAGCGACAGACCCUGAUGUUUAGUGCCACUUUUCCUGAAGAAGUUCAGAGGCUGGCUGGUGAAUUUUUGAAAACUGAGUAUUUAUUUGUUGUUGUUGGACAUGCUGGUGGAGCCUGCAGUGAUGUACAGCAAAGUAUUCUUCAGGUUGCUCAAUAUUCCAAGAGGGAGAAGCUGCUAGAAAUUCUACAAAGCACAGGUUGUGAACGAACCAUGGUGUUUGUAGAUACAAAGAAAAAAACUGACUUCAUUGCAGCCUUUCUUUGUCAAGAAAAAAUACCAGCCACUAGCAUCCAUGGAGCUAGGGAACAGAGAGAGAGAGAAGUAGCUCUUCGGGACUUUCGAUCUGGAAAAUGCCCAGUUCUUGUGGCGACUUCAGUGGCAGCGAGAGGCCUGGAUAUUGAAAAUGUUCAGCAUGUUAUUAAUUUUGAUCUUCCUCCCACCAUUGAAGAGUACGUGCACCGAAUUGGCCGAACAGGUCGUUGUGGAAAUACAGGCAGAGCCAUCUCUUUCUUCGAUACCAAUGCGGAUGGCCACCUGGCCCAAUCUCUAGUCAAAGUGCUUUCAGAUGCCCAGCAGGAGGUUCCAGKUUGGCUGGAAGAAAUUGCAUUCAGUGUUUCUGACACUGGUUUUAGUGUCCCAAGAGGAAAUGUCUUUAAAUCAGUUGAUACUCGAACUAAUUAUGAAGGCAGAGGCAGCACCAACCCAGGAGGAAUGAGACCAUCAUACACUGCAAGUGCAUUUGAGUCAUGGGAUUAAAACUCAUUUAGUGCCAAAAUAAAUUGUUUUCUAUUGUGCUCUAAGUGAGCUGUUUUACUUAUUGUACCUUAUUGUUGAGCUUUGUGGAAUACUUACGGAACAUUUAAUGUUUGAAUGCUAGCAAAUAAUCAUAUAAUAAUGCCUCUGACAAUAUAUGCAUGCUCAGUUAUAAUGAACCUUGUCAUUGUCACUGCAUGUAAGAGGGCAAAGCCAUUUUUAGAACACACUUCAUGUAUUUCUUAG